GUCAGCAUCAAUGCAAAGAUCAUCCAGGAGGUGCACGGGGGAAACAGUGUUGUAUGGGAUGGACGGUAUCUUCCAAGAACCAAAUAUACUGUAGCAGAUGCUACAGGCUGCAUGAGUCUGACGGUCUGGUGUGAGCACAGCAUUACUGUCGGUGAAUGGUACAACGUCACAAAUGUCUCUGUGAGUGAGUUCAGAGGAAAAACAUCCCUAUCAACUACCAAAGACACACAGAUCCUCAGCAUCCCAUCUCAAGGUACAGCAGCUGCUGUUCAAGUGCCAACUGAAACAAUUAAAUGUGACAUCAUUGGUGCAAACAUUCAAAAUCUCUUCAUUUGUCCUUGUAAACAUAUACUGAAGAACGUGACACUGUCAAGCCCAACUGAAUAUUGUGUCUCAUGCAACACACAUUAUAAAAGCACUGCCAUCAUAAUGAAGUUUAGUGGUCACCUGGAUCUUAAACCAGAAACAGGAAAUGUUGUGAAGCCGAAGCUUGAAGACGAGGUCAUAAGGUCAGUGCUCACAGUCAAUCCCAGUGCAUCACGACAGGACAUUAUUAAGAGCUUCAUUGCUUUGCCACACAUGCAGAUUACAAUUCGGGGGAACGUCGUUGUGAAGAUGGAAGAAGUUCCUCAGAAGGCUGAAGAUGAGCUUCCUAUUAAAGUGGAACCUGUGGAAGAAGCUACAGUGUUUUAUUCACCCCCAGAUCAUGGCUUUCUAUGCAGUUCACAACUCAGAAAAAGAAAAUCGACUGACUGA